AUGAUGAAAAACAAGAAGAAUAUUCUCAUCGGUUGUACCGGUAGUGUGGCCACCAUCAAGCUGCCCAUGCUGGUCGAGAAACUGCAACAACUCGAGGACGUGGAGAUACGGGUUAUCGUGACGAAACAUGCGCAACACUUUUUCGCUCGAGCCGAUCUACCAGAGUCGGUCUUAGUACACACGGAUGCAGACGAGUGGAAUAACUGGCAGCAGCGUGGUGAUCCAGUACUGCACAUUGAGCUGGGGAAGUGGGCUGAUUUGCUAGUUAUUGCUCCGCUGGAUGCAAACAGUCUUGCAAAAAUGGCUUCCGGACUGUGCGACAAUCUGCUACUAUGCACAACCCGAGCCUGGGAUCCACAGAAACCGUUGCUUUUCUGUCCGGCCAUGAACACACGCAUGUGGGAGCAUCCGAUCACGGCAUCGCAAAUUGAAACGUUGAAAUCGUGGGGCCACCGGGAAAUUCCGUGCAUAGCGAAAACGCUGAUGUGUGGUGACACGGGUUUAGGAGCGAUGGCGGAAGUCGAUACAAUCGUCGCCACCGUGCGAAACACCUUGCUGCAAGUAAAUUUGGGUGGUGGGUAAUGUGAAUAAUAAAUAUUCCUUGUAACACAGAUGGUUGUUCGUUUUUCUUUCAUUUGAAAUCCAGCACGAGUCUUUGGUUUGAUUACAUUUCCAUCUCCAACCAUCUCCAA